GCUACCACAAAGAAUCCAACUAAACAGGAUCCCAGUUUCCGCGGAUCGGCUGCUCGUGCGGUCGAUGCUCUGUGAUUUUUUCGCAAUGGCUGCGACGGCUCGCGCGAUCUUCUGCGAGUUGCAGCCGCAGAAGCCCGCCAUCGCGAGGAGAGAAUCGGCGAUUACGAAACUCAAGGCCGCCGAUUCGUCGCCUGAGAGUGGAAAGAUCGUCCUCCAACCCCGCGUGUGUACUCUCAGAUUGUACGGCUCAGGCCGCGACGGAAUCAUCAGGACCCUGCGGGAUGCUGACGUGUCACCGUUCUUGGCUUCUCUUUUGGACUACAUGGAGAACUCGAGGAAGAGUCAGGACAUCGAGAUCAUCUCCGGUCGCCUCGCCAUGAUUGUAUUCGUAGGUGCAGUGAUUAUGGAAGCAGCGACUGGAAACUCAUUGUUUGCGAAGAUGGAUUUCGAGGCGAUCGAAGAAGCGGCGGCGGCAUGUUUGGCUGCUGUCGUGUGCGCCGCUGCUUUUGCUUGGAUUUCAAGGGCUCGGAAUCGAGUGGGCAGUAUCUUCCCCCUUGGAUGCAACGCCUUUGUCGAUUCCAUCAUCGAUAAGUUUGUUGACGGCCUGUUCUACGAAAACGAGCUCACCGACUGGUCUGAUGACAUGUGAUGGGCGAUUGAGAUCACCUUACAGAGCUGGCAAGGAGAGAGGUGUUGUGUAGAGACACACAUAAACAGAGGUCUUGAGGCUGAGGAAUGUAGCAUUGUAUGUGUAUACGGUCAGGGAGAUGUUUGCUUGUAGGUAGCA